CUAUUUCACAGGCUUUGCACACCCCUCUAAAGCGGGGGAGAUAUUUUGGUUGUGGCGGACCGAGCAAGAUGGCGUGCGGGAAACAGAUAAUGCCCCUCGCCUCUGCAAUUCAAAACUCCCGCGGACCAACGGUCACCUGUCGCCCAGCCGUUAUUCUGCCUGGUUUGGGAAAUAAUUCUAAUGAUUAUAAAGCUUUGGCUCAUACAUUGGAAGACAAAGGUAUAGCCACUGUUGUUGCUAAAGUUUCUCGAGUUGACUGGCUAAGGAAUGCAGCUGGUUUAUUAGAUGCAAAUUAUUGGCGGGGAACACUUCGUCCUAGACCGGUCCUUGAUUGGUAUUUGGAAAGGGUUGACAAAGCUGUUCAUGAGGCAAAACAACUAGCCGAAGGGGAAUAUUUGUCCUUGAUUGGACAUUCAGCAGGAGGUUGGCUUGCACGUGUCUAUUUGGAAGAAUUCGGACAAUCGCAAGUUUCACUGCUAUUAACCCUGGGAACUCCACAUACUGCCCCUCCAAAAGGAGUGUCAGGAGUCAUUGAUCAAACAAGGGGUUUAUUGGAUUAUGUGGAUAGAUAUUGUGCAAAAGCUGUUUACACACCAGACCUAAAAUAUGUAUGUAUAGCUGGGAGGCAUAUACAGGGGGCUCGCUUAUUUGGGAAAUCAGGCAGAACACAAGAAACUCUACUUGCAAUGAAAGUUGAAGCCAAAACUGCAGUCAUAAAUGAGGACAUGUCAGUUUCCACAUCUCCUACAAUUCGUGCCCGCUUCAUUGGACAGGGGUACAAGCAGGUUUGUGGGCGAGCCAAUGUAUGGGGAGAUGGAGUUGUUCCUGAAAUUUCAGCACAUUUGGAAGGGGCACUCAACAUAACGUUGGAAGGCGUUUAUCACUCUCCAGUGGGCUCAGAUGAUGAAAUCAGGCCAUGGUAUGGGUCAGCCUCCAUUGUCGAGAAGUGGGUUCAUCACCUCCAUUAAGAAAUCCUGUAAGAAGGCCUUCACGCAAAGACAAGGCAUGUGUUAUGUCAUUCCAUCUGUUCAUUCAAAAUUUGUGUUGCUAUCUCUCUCUAUAUAUAUAUAUAUUUUUUUUUUGUUUUUUUU